AUGGCAGCGGAGAAGCAGGUCCCGGGUGGCGGCGGAGGUGGUGGUGGCGGCGGCGGCGGCAGCGGCGGCGGCGGGGGACGCGGUGGCGGGGAAGAGAACAAGGAGAAUGAGCUCCCUCCCGCGGGGUCGAAGGGAAACCGGCGGUUCGGGGACAGCCUGGGCCUGGAGAUCCUUCAAAUUAUUAAGGAAUCCCAACAGCAACAUGGUUUACGGCAUGGAGAUUUUCAGAGAUACAGGGGGUAUUGUUCCCGUAGACAAAGACGUCUCCGAAAAACACUCAACUUUAAGAUGGGGAAUAGACACAAAUUUACAGGGAAAAAAGUAACUGAAGAACUUCUAUCUGAUAACAGAUACUUGCUUUUGAUUUUGAUGGAUGCUGAAAGAGCCUGGAGCUAUGCCAUGCAGCUUAAACAAGAAGCAAAUACUGAACCUCGAAAACGGUUUCAUUUGUUAUCACGACUUCGAAAAGCUGUGAAACAUGCUGAGGAGUUGGAACGCUUGUGUGAGAGUAAUAGGGUGGAUGCCAAGACUAAACUAGAGGCUCAGGCUUACAUGGCUUACCUAACAGGAAUGCUGCGCUUUGAACAUCAGGAGUGGAAGGCAGCAAUGGAGGCUUUUAACAAAUGCAAAACCAUCUAUGAAAAGCUAGCUAGUGCUUUUACUGAAGAACAGGCUGUCUUAUAUAAUCAGCGAGUGGAAGAGAUUUCACCCAACAUACGCUAUUGUGCCUAUAAUAUUGGGGACCAGUCGGCUAUUAGCGAAUUAAUGCAGAUGAGACUGAGAUCUGGUGGUACUGAAGGCCUUCUGGCUGAAAAAUUGGAAUCAUUGAUCACCCAGACUCGAGCCAAACAGGCAGCUACUAUGAGUGAAGUAGAGUGGAGAGGGAGAACUGUUCCAGUGAAGAUUGACAAAGUGAGGAUCUUCUUAUUAGGGUUGGCUGACAAUGAAGCAGCUAUUAAUCAGGCUGAAAGUGAAGAAACCAAGGAACGGCUGUUUGAGUCCUUGCUUAGUGAAUGUCGGGAUACUAUACAAGCUGUCCGGGAAGAACUCAAGCCAGAUCAGAAACAAAGGGAGAACAGCAUUGAUGGAGAGUCUGGGAAAGUUUCUAAUUUGCAAUACCUACACAGCUACUUGACUUUCAUCAAGCUGUCCACUGCAAUCAAGCGUAAUGAAAGCAUGGCAAAGGGGCUGCAGAAGGCGCUGCUUCAGCAGCAGCCAGAGGAUGACAGCAAGCGCUCUCCUCGGCCCCAGGACCUGAUCCGCCUUUAUGACAUCAUCCUCCAGAAUCUGGUGGAAUUGCUCCAGUUGCCUGGCCUAGAGGAGGACAAAGUUUUCAAAAAAGAGAUAGGACUCAAGACACUGGUAUACAAGGCUUACAGGUGUUUCUUCAUUGCUCAGUCUUAUGUGCUGGUGAAGAAAUGGAGUGAAGCCCUUGUCCUAUAUGACCGAGUCCUAAAAUAUGCCAAUGAAGUGCAGUCUCAGGCAGGAGCCUCCCAAAAUAGCCUAAAGGAACUACCUGAUGUCCAGGAAUUGAUUACUCAGGUGAAAUCAGAAAAAUACUCCCUACAGGCAGCUGCUAUUUUAGAUACAAAUGACCCCCAUGAAACAGAGUGUCCCUCCCAAGUCAAGGACAAUAAGCCUCUUGUUGAACGAUUUGACACUUUUUACCUGGAUCCUUCUCUCGUCAGCAAGCAAGCCAACCUCGUUCACUUCCCACCAGGAUUCAAACCCAUCCCUUGCAAGCCCUUGUUCUUUGAUCUGGCCCUCAACCACGUGGCUUUCCCACCUCUAGAGGACAAGGUGGAACAGAAGACGAAGAGUGGCCUGACUGGAUAUAUUAAGGGCAUUUUUGGAUUUAGGAGCUAAUUAAUCUUCUACAGGGGGGGGAUUUAGAUUCUUACUCUGUAUUGUGAGAAGGCUUCAGAAUAUUAAAUUCAGGUCUGAAAUUGCCCAGGGUUGGGGGUCUUAACAUCUUCCCUAUGUCCUCUGUGUGUAUGCACUCACAUACUUAACCAGUGUGUUAGAGGGAAACCAUACUCUUUUCCUGAUCAGUGUGUGUGAGUUUAUUCUGUCUCCCUUAAGACCUGGGUAGGGGGCUUAUGCCAUUCUGUCCCGUGAAACUCUUAGAACUUACAUUUCAAUCAGUGAUGCAUUCAAGGAGAAUUACAUACCAGUCAUGGACCACACCUAGAAUCAUACUUUUCCCUUCAGUAAAAUGGAUUUUAAACCAGCCUGUUCUUCCUCUGAGGAUAAUUGUUAAGCAUCUAGAGUCCUUGGGUGACAUUUAUCAUUACUAUGAAAAUGUAUAAAAAUGUUGGUCCUGCCUUACUUCUACCCCCAACUCAGUUAUAAAGAGCUGUAGCAUAAGAAAGGAUCUUUAUUUUUAAAGGAAAUAUGUUCUGAAACAAUGAAACCAAACCUUGUAUUAAAAGUCAAAGCUGGUGAACACCAUAAUACAUUUUUAUAUAACCUAA